AGCAGGCUGACACGUCAGACAUCUGGGAUGACACCGCACUAAUAGAGGCAUACGAUCGAGCAAUAAAUGCUAUUAAGGUAUUUGCAAGUUGUUCUUUACUUUCUCUAUGACAGUGGGAAGCCUUAACUUAUUACUUCGUUGCAAGUGUUCAUAAAUUCUUAAGAUUACUUUUCUCUGCUCAGCUUGAUUUUAACCUCUCAGUUAUAAUGGGUAAAAUUACUAAUAUUUAGUUUUAUAAUUUGCUAUACAUCUAAGUUUCAUUGGUUUUUCUUUUAACAAUGUUCUUCUUUUCUGCCUGUGAUUUUAAUGUAUGGCAUGUUGUUCAGUAAUAUCCCUUUUUUAAUGACUGUUUCAUCAACCAGAAUGGAGGGAAGAAUGGUGGCACAAAAGGAAAGAAUGGUGGUAAAAACAGGUACAAGUUAAAACAUUGCAGAAAUUCUGUUUUCAUCAUCAGGGGAGAGAUGAAAACUCUGUUAGAAAAUAUGUAAAACUGUGAGAAUGAUAUCAACAAUAACAGCUGAAGUUGCUCCUAAAGUAGAGAGCUAUUAACAAGUUGCUAACUAAGGCUUUUGAUAAUCUUUGAAAUUCAUCCAGUUGCAUUUAAACUCCUUCAGGAUGUUCCUAAACACCUGUGUUGUUUCAGAGGACUCCUCAUUCUAUGUUAAGUGUUGCACAUAUUAUUUCUUCCAAACUUUACUUUUUAGGAAACAACAGUCCUCAAAGAAAAAGGACAAGAAGAAAACAACAGGGCAGACAUUUGAGGCAAGUGUUAGUUUUGAAAAUUAUUUUGUGAAUGCUAAGAAAGAAAUAGUAAUUAGGAAAUGUUUGGAAGUGCAAGGGAUGAUUUCUUAGAUUUUUUUAGACAAUCUUAGGGUAGGUAAAGUUGGGACAAAUGUUAGAAAAGCAAGAAAUUCAAUUUUGGUAGGGAGAAUUAAAUAAUCCUGUGCUAACUUUGUUAUGACAAUGGAGAUGGAGUCAGUUAUAACUUAAUGUCAAGUCUCAAUAUCCAUGUGUGAGUUCCAACAGAACUAGUAGAGUAACCCAUCCUAACACUAGGAGGUACGAAUGCAUUUAAAGUUUUUGAUAUGUAAAAAAUGUUUUAUCAUUUAGAGUUUGAGAAAUGAAUCUUAUAUACAUUUAAGUGUAAAUUUGAUGUAUUAAACUUUUCUUUCAGUGGCAUGUUGGUGACAAAUGCCGGGCUUUUUACUCUGAAGAUGAACAGAUUUAUAAUGCAGUGGUAAUCUCGCUUGAUGGCAGUUCCAAUACUUGUGUAGUCAGGUUUUCUGGCUAUGGUAAUGAAGAAGAAAAGAACUUAGAUGAUCUUUUGCCACCAUCCAAAAGAGAUUUUAAGUCUCCCAGACAAAGUGGACAUCAUUGUGCUCAGCUGGCUUCCCCUGAACAAAAUGUAAUUGUUAACCAUAGUUUUGAGUUUACUGAUGGUACACAGUGUUCUACAUUUUCUAGUUCAAUAUAACUCUCGUUGUGAUUGUUUAUUAGAGUGGUGAUAAUGAAAUGGACUGGAGUACUGGGGGCCAGUCACCCAUCAAAUGGCAAGUAAGUGACUUGUGUCUAGCUCCAGAACAACCAAGUCAGCACCUACAUGAAGCAGUUAUUAACUCUUUUCCAACACCAUACACUUGCAAGGUCACUUUCCUCAGAUCCAGACAAAGGUUAGAACCAUCAUGUUUGUAUUAGUUUUGAAAAAAGACUCCAGUAUCAAAGUUUUACCAAGCAAAAAGUAAAGUAGCACUGGUUGAGUUUAUUAGCUUCAAUGUUUACUAUUCAGACAAGAUGUAGACCUAUCAACACUGAGGCCUUCACACUCGUCGCGCCAAGUACGCCCCCACCAUCACAAUCAUCAUCAUCCUUACUUAACUGACCAAAGAUACCCUGUGUCAGGAGCCCCAUUUACCAGCCAUCAGUUUCCUGUAAGUAUUCAGUGAAUUAGUAGAGAAAAGUACUGCAUUUUUAUUCACCAUCGAGAAAGAGAGAUCUUUAAAUGACUCCAAAUACUGACUGUCUACUGUUCCUUAUAUUUACCAUUUAUUAAAUCAUUUUCUCAGAUGAAUUUCUUUACACCAUGUCCUCCUCCUCCUCCUGUUCCCCCUGUGCUCCUUCCUCAUCACUGGCCAAAUGCAGUUGGAUCACAACCCUCAGCACCUACAAACUCCGUAAGUAGAUCAUUAACAGCACUGUAACCCAUACAAGUGUUUGGAGCAUCAGGAUCUAUGAAAUAACUGUGCUAAAUUCAGUGAGGAAUGGCAAGUUAUAAUAGAGUAAUAGCUACUUGUUUAUCUUUUUUUUUUUCAAGAUUUUUUUGACCCACUAUUUACAAACUUAAAUAUAUAGAUUUAGCCAAGCCUAAAAGCAGAGCUCGCAUUUUUUUUUUUUCCCACACAUCUCAAAGGCACAACACCUUGCCCUGGCCAGGACUAGAACCCGGGUUGUCCAACUAAUGGUAUAACAUAGGAGUGAACCACAUUCUUCCUUUUCUUUAGUUCUACUUCAGUUUACUCCUCUUUCUUCCCUGUGCCAUCUACCAAGGGCUUUUUCCAUCUACCAAUAGAGCUAGAAUGUGUGUAGAAUUGAAUGUCCUUUAAUUUACAACCGAGAGCAAACAGAAAGGAAAAAUAGAUGGGAUAGUAAACAUUGGAGAAGUGCCAACCUUCCUAAGGACAAGAAUCAGUAAUGUUCUGUCAGUCAGAUCACAAACCUGUAUGCCUAGGUCUUAAGUCUAGUUAUUCGCAAAUUUACUUAAAUGUGUCAAUUCUACAGUUAGUACUUCUUCUUUAUCAACAGUUUCCACAUGCACCUAUGCCUCCUCCUCCAGCUCCAGUAAACAGUAGUGAUGUUUCUCAUGACAAUGAUGCACUAGCCAGUAUGUUAAUGGCCUGGUACUUGAGUGGCUACCACACAGGUUAUUAUCAGGUGAGUGGAUAACUUGCGAAGGGAAGUUCACCCAAUAAUUACAAAAGAAAUAGUUCAGUCACAUAAAGUCAUCCAAAAGGUAUGUUUGCACUCUUUAAACACUUGGAUUAAAAUAAGUGGUACUUAUUUGUUUUCAAAGACAGAAAAGAAACGUUUAGUUCAAUUGCCCUAUUUGUAAUGUUAGUUGUUUUGCAUACUUCACAGGCAAUGCAAAAUCUGCGUCACAGCUCUAACCCUGGAUCUAAUGAACCUCAAGUAUCUACAAGUGAUGCUUGUGAUGCAGAUACUAGUGAACAGACUGCAGAUGAACUUCCUUUUGGAGCAAAACAGCGGUUGUGACAUUUUAUUAAAUUUUGUAGUUUAUUUCUUGGAGUGUAUGUUUGCAAUGAAAAAAAUUAUGAACUUGUAAC